AUGACUGAUUUGAGCUGCAAGAAACAUAGUGACUGCAGUGUCUCCCGGCUGCUCAACGUGGUGGAGAAUGAGCUCCAGGCUGGGCGAGACAAAGGAGACCCCACUGAGAAACAGCUCCAGGUGGUCUUGGAGGAUGCUGCUCUCUGGCAGAGGUUCAGAGAAGUUACUAAUGAGAUGAUUGUCACAAAGAAUGGCCGACGGAUGUUCCCUGUUUUAAAGAUCAGUGUCUCAGGUUUAGACCCUAAUGCCAUGUAUUCCUUUCUUCUGGAUUUUGCUCCAACUGACAGCCACCGCUGGAAGUAUGUGAAUGGAGAAUGGGUACCAGCUGGAAAGCCAGAGCCAUCAAAUCACAGUUGUGUCUAUAUCCAUCCUGACUCUCCCAACUUUGGGGCCCAUUGGAUGAAGGCUGUGGUGUCUUUUAGCAAGGUGAAGCUCACCAACAAGUUGAAUGGCAAUGGGCAGAUUAUGCUGAAUUCACUACAUAAAUAUGAGCCACAAGUUCAUAUUGUUCGUGUUGGAGGCCCACACAGGAUGGUAAUGAAUUGUUCCUUUCCUGAGACUCAGUUCAUUGCUGUGACUGCUUACCAAAAUGAAGAGAUAACAGCUCUGAAAAUCAAAUACAAUCCAUUUGCCAAAGCCUUUCUGGAUGCAAAAGAAAGAAACCACCCCAGGGAUGUUUCAGAUAUUGUUUCUGAGGGUCAACACAUGACAUAUUCUCACUGUAAUGGGACGUUUUCUCUGCCUUCUUCCCAUUCUCAUCAUGGUUAUGAACACUAUUCAGCCCUUCAAGGACACAGAGCUGUUCCAUAUCCUCCUUCAUAUAUGCAAAGAGUUUCAUCUCCAUCAGUGAAUUUAAUUGACAGCACCAACAGUGAUCUUCAAGUAUCCUCAGGCCAUGAAGGAUGGACUUCAUUGCCCUCCAGUCACCAUGCCAACUUGGUCCCUGUGCCACACAAUAGUGGCACUAACUCCCCAGGCCCUAGUCACUACCCAUGCUUGUGGACAGUCAGCAGCAAUGCGAUUAAUGUUGCCAACCUUGCCAGUGAUGUAAGUAGCAGCCCACCUGGAACAUUUCUGAGAAGCAGCAUCACUUUGCCUGCCACUUCCUCAUCACCUUCAGUUCCUUUGCCAGGAACCAUUCCCAACAGUGUGGAAACCACUCUGGACUCUGCUUUCCCAAGAUUAACAGAGUCUGCCUGGGCGCAUGUAGCCUCCCAUUCAUUUUAAAAGAGAAAAGACAAGAACACCCCGUAGCAUCCCAAAUGGAACUAAAGGAUGUGUCUGCAUUCAAGCUUGGAACUGUGAAUCGAUCUAGGACCAACAGAGGAAAGAGAAACAAUAGCACCUAAAUAAGGAAGCAUAGUGGCAGAAGACUUCUGGGUUGCUGUGGUAUCUAGUUCUACAGGCACAGAAACAAAAUGAUUAUGUAAAAAAGAAAGAUGAUUAUUUGUCAUGUCAAGGAGGACAGGGGAAAAGGCUCUCAG